GCCCCCCCCCCCCGGGGGCCGCGCCGGGGGGGGGCCGCCCCCUCCCAUUCCCCCCCCCCCCCCCCGGCGCCCAUGGAGCACCAGUCCAUCAUCGCCCAGGUUAGCAGGGAGGAGGGGAGCGCCCCGCUGCAGGAGAAAGGUACCCAGGCCCCCGCCAAGAAGCCGCGGAGCCGCAGCAUCCUCCAGUCCCUCUUCUGCUGCCUGUGCCGCGAUGAGGGGGAGCCCUGCGCCGGCACCACCAGCGCCCCGCUGCUGGUGGAGGAGAACGGGGCCCUGCCCAAGGCUGCCGUCAAACACCUCCUGCCCGAGAUCAAGCCGCAGGACGCCAGCAAGCUGUGCGUGGUCAUCGACCUGGAUGAGACGUUGGUGCACAGCUCCUUCAAGCCGGUGAACAACGCCGACUUCAUCAUUCCCGUGGAAAUCGAUGGCAUCAUGCACCAGGUGUAUGUGCUCAAGCGGCCACACGUGGACGAGUUCCUGCAGCGCAUGGGUGAGCUCUUCGAGUGCGUGCUCUUCACCGCCAGCCUGGCCAAGUACGCGGACCCUGUGGCCGACCUGCUGGAUAAAUGGGGGGCUUUCCGGGCACGGCUUUUCCGGGAAUCCUGCGUCUUCCAUCGCGGCAACUACGUGAAGGACCUGAGCCGCCUGGGCCGCGACCUGCGCCGCAUCAUCAUUGUGGACAACUCGCCCGCAUCCUACAUCUUCCACCCUGAUAACGCCGUGCCGGUGGCCUCCUGGUUCGAUAACAUGGCGGACACGGAGCUGCUGGACCUGCUGCCCUUCUUCGAGAGGCUCAGCAAGGUGGAGGACGUGUACGCAGUGCUCAAGAAGCAGCGGACUAACAGCUAGUGGCCCCCCCACCCCGCCGGGUGCUGCCAAGGGGCACCGCCGUGGCAGCCGGGUGCCUUAUUUUAGGCGGGGGGGUGUGUCCCAGUGUGCACCCCCCCCCAUCGUCCUCCCCAGCCCCGGUGGGCGCGGGUGCCCUCCCUGCCUGCUGGUGGUGGGAGAUGCGGGUGCCCCCGACGGGGAGCUGGGUGUCCCCCUUCCCACGGAGGAGAGGGGGGCCGUGGGUGACCCGCUGCCUUGCUGUGCUGGGGACCUGUUGGGGGGGAUCCCGUCCUCCCCCGCUGUCCCGCCCCCCCUCAACCUGCGUGCCCCCUCCCCGAAACGGUUCUCAGGUCCUUUUCCCCUCUGUGUCCCCCCGAGUGGGGAGGGGGGGGGGUCAGCAGCUGCUGCUUUCCACUGCCUUUGGGGGGGACUACACCCCCCCCAACUGGGCUCUGCCUGCUGGGGGGGCUGGCGGCCCUCAGCCCCAAUCUGCAGGGGCUACGGGACAGGUUAACCCCUUGCCACCCCCUGAAAAAUGGGGGAGUCUUAUUGGCCUUGGUGCAUAGGGCCAACACCCUACCCUUAACUCUGCCCUUGGUGCAGCUGAUCACCUCGGGGGGGGGGCACGUCCCUACCCCCCCCCCGUGCCUUCUGCUGCCCCCCGCCUAGGGGGUGUGUUUUGGGGGGCAGCCCGGCCUCAGGGCUGAGCCCCCGGCCGCAAAUGCCCCCCACGUGCCUUGGGACGUCACGUCUCCAUGUCGCCCCCAGCCCUGCAAGGGGUGUGCCUGGGGGGCUCUUAACUCACCCCCUCCAACCUCAGUUUCUUCCUGUGGGGGGGGGGGUCUGGUUGCCUCCGCCCUCAUUCCCAGUUACACUGUGUUAGUGGGAGCCACUCCAGUCACCAGGAGGGGGGUCCCCUCUCUUGCCAGGGGGCCCACACAUCCCCUCCCCAUCCCUCCGCAGCUUCACCAAAGGCUGCGACUCCCAGGGGGGAGGGACCCCCAUACCAGCCUUAGUGUGCCCCCCCUAGCUUUACUCCAGCCCCAGCCCCCCAGCUGGGGCAGGGGUGGGGUGCACUGCAGAGCCCCCCUCCCUGCAGCUUGGGGGUUACCCUGACCCCCGUGGGGUUGGGCUCGUGCCAGGGUGUCCCCCAGCCUUGAGGGGCUGGGGGCUCUCAGGGAGGGGUUUUGGGGGGGGGGGGGGGGAGGCUGAGCUCAGCCAGGCCUUUUUUAGCAUCGCAAUAUGGACAAUGUCUCAUAUCUUUUUAGGGGGAAAAGCAACGGUUUCCCAAAAAAUCAUGGGUGCCUUUUUACCGCUGUGCCAGGGAAGGGGGGGCAGUAUCUGCGGGGGGGGGGGGGGAAUGCGAGGGGUUUUAGCUCUCCGGUGCUGCCCAGCUGGCUCCUGCUGGCGCUCCCCUUCUCCCAGCACUGGGUGCCGGGGGCAGGCAGGGGUCCCCCCAGGCCUGCCCGCACCCUGCCUCCAGCCCCUGCCCCACGGCGGGGGGGUGGGAUGGGGGAUGCUGUGGCACACCCACCCCCCCGGGACCCCUGCCUGCCCCGGGCCUGAUCCUGCCCCUCCAGGAGGGUUGAACUCAGCACUUUAUAUUAGACAAGUCAAACGGCACCAGCAAAGCCCACUGCCCAGCAAGCACCCAUGGGUGCUGCAGCACCCAAGGAGCACAGACCCCAUGCUGGGCACCCUUGGGGGGUCCGGGGGGGGUCCGGAGGCAGCACUGGGGGGACUGGGGAGGGCUGGGGGACCAGAUCCAAGUGCCUUCAUGUGAUUAAAGCUGUCAAACCAU